AGUACAACGUAACCACAACGUUGACUGGGUGUUUAGGGAAGCUGUUCGUUCCCACUCUGGUCCACUUGUUGACUGGGAAGCUGCUCGUUGUUACAGAGCUGCUGUAUUUUUCAUCUCCCACAAUAGUAUUUAAGGUAAACUGGUGGGUUAUUUGAAGAUCCCAUUUGGAUACCCACUUGGGUCCCAGCUGUCACAAUCCCGCAAAUGUUUUGAAUUGAAUAGAUACAGAGAGAUUCCUCCGUGUGUUAAGAAAUCAAGUCCAAUAAUGGAAGACAAUAAACAUUGGAUUGAAAAUUUAUUUCCUCCGCAUUUUACUGUGCAAGAUUUCUUUAGCCAGAGUUUUGAACCAACUCAACUAAUAUCAGAAAAAAUUGCUAAAGAAAAAGCAAAAACUGUUGAAAAAAUUUACCACAACGCUGCUGAAAGAUGUUUGGAAGCUAAGGAAUGGAAAAGGAGGGAGGAGCUGUCUAGGAUGGUAUUUGACUAUGAUCCUAAUAUACCAGAUGAUAAAAAAGGAAGGGGACCACCAGCAAAAGACCUGCAGGACAAUGUGACUUGUUCUAUUACUGGUCAUGUGAAAGAUCAGUGUAUUUGGACAGAAAAUGAAUUAGGAAUGUUAAGAUAUGAGAUGCAACAGAGGCACAGCGAAGGUGGCAAAUUAAAGAAUCAGCUGGAUGCUUGUAAACUUGAGCUAUCUGAGGUGAAAGCUAAGCACAGGAAAGCUGAACAAGAGCUUGGUGCUGUGAAAGAAGCGCUCACAUUAUCAAAAACACAUAGCAGAAAUAAAAGUAUCCUCCUAAAACAGUUGGAAAAUAAUAAACUGCAAAAAGACUCAGAGAUUCAGUAUUUGAAAAAAGAUCUGCACGAAAAAUCUGUAAAGAUAAACAAUCUUAACAAGAAUUUGAGUAUCGCUAGAGAGGAAAUUCAGGAUUUAAAGCUGAAGAAAAAAGAUUUUGAGCAAGAGUUAAAAACUGUUAAGCAACAACAAGAAGUUAAAGAAGCCUCAUUAAUUGAAAAUCUAAAACAGAAUUACAAUUUAGAGAAAAAUAAAUUGCUUAGAGAAAUUGAGACUCUUAAAGAAGAAAAAAGAAAGAAAGAAAAAACAGAUUCCCUGAACCUUGCAUCAUUGGACUUAGGAAAAAUUUCUCUUCACAAUCAAAACUACCAGUCCUGAAGUUAUUCAGUUGAAAAUUGUGCAUUAGUCUUCAAUGGGCAAUUAAAAAAAUACACAUGAACGCACACAUAAAAUUCAUGGUGUUUUCUUAAGAAUAAACAUGCUUCAACACCUGUAAAUAUGUUGCUGAAAGUUUCCAAAUGCUGUAGAAUUUUAAAGGUUCGGCUUUUAUUUUUUCAAUUUUUUUUCUGUGAUUUACAUAAUUUGCACAUUCAAAUGAGGGUUCAGAUUUGGUUCAGAACUUGGCCAAACUUUUUGUGGCAGGUUUAUUUUUUUUGCUGAAUCCAAAAAAAAAUGUGCUUUCCUGUGUUCCUUUUAAAAAUGUAUGAAUAAAAACAAUAGCAUAUUAAAGGAGAAGGAAAGGCUUUGUGCACCAAAUGUUAGG